GUGGAGGAUGUGGUGGUGCUGGAUAAUGUGGAGGAGAUGGCUGGUAAGGAAGGUCCAGAACCCUGCAAGUGCCCCAAAGACUCCAGUGAUGUCCUGUCAAUGGAAAUGUAUUUGGCCGCCAAGCAUGGGGACUUAAAGAAGAUCCGAGAGUACCUCAGGAAAGGCAAUGACGUCAAUGCCCAGGACGAGGACAGCUGCACUCUCCUGGCCAGCGCUUGCGUCACCGGCCGCAUUGAGGUGGUGCGCUUCUUACAGAAGAUCCCGGAGCUCCACCGCAACAUUGCCGACUGGACGGGCGACACACCGCUCAUGCACGCCGCCAGGAUGGGACACAAGGAGGUGGUGGAGGAGCUGCUCAAACGUCCACACCAAUGUUGUUUGGACGUUGAGGCGCUGAAUAACUACGAAGACACAGCGUUGAGUAUUGCAGUGGCCAGCAACCGAAGAGACAUUGUUAAGCUCUUGAAAGAAACUAAAUUGCCACCAGCAAUCCAGUUCCACCCAGACUCUCAAGAUGCCCUGGUGCCCUACAGACCCAGAGCUGUUGAGGUCACCUUCGAGUGCCCCAUUUGCUUGGAGAAAUACGACACCAAUGAGCGGCGGCCUCGCUCCCUCUCCUGCGGCCACACCCACUGUACUGAAUGCAUCACCCAGCUGAUCUACCAGUACAGUGGCUGGGUGACCUGUGCCUUCUGCAGAAGACAACAUUCUACUAGAGUUGACGCAGCUGCAAAAGUCCCUGUGAAUUAUGCCAUAGAUGAAAUUCUGCAGCAGCAGCAGUACUAAUCGUAGCACUGGUGCCUGAAGAGGAGGAGUCCUGUGAUUCUUGGGUGUCCUGCCUUGAGAGGGCUCUUCUGUUUUGUUGUGUGCUAGUUCACAAAUUCAAAGGAGAAGUUUGUCGUAUUUUUGUGCAAUUGUCUAAAUAAUUACACCAUUUUUUUUUUAAUUCAGUAACUGGUGCAUAUGCAAGAGAUGUUUCAAGAGUAUCUGAUCUUAAUUUGGACAACCAGUCUUUGAUUUUGCAGAGAGCUGAGUUGACCUUAUCUUGGCAGUACUUAAGGCUGUGAAUGAUGGAAGAUAUCAUGUGGCUUAUAUCGUAACCAUUUUAGUCUUGGUGAAGGAGAAGUGUACAAAAUUCCCUGGGUCUUGAUGUGUGCAAGUAGGUGCUGUUGUUUCUCUCCAUUCAACCAUUACUCUCAUGACAAGACUAAACAUUUUCCUGCACAUCUAGCACCCCAAAAAGUAUGGAAGGCAGAAUACGGCAAAUCUAUCAACGAAACCCAUUUUUAUUUCAUGAGAUAUCGGCACAUGGUAUAUAUUGUGUCAUUCUUUGUUUGACCAUCCUAAGCUUGUUUUACUAAGGAAGUCAGAAGUAUUACUUAUUCAUCACAUUUUGUUUUCUAGUCACUAAGAUCUGCUUAAGCCUUGCCCGCCACACUGCGUUCAGUAUUGCUCGGUCAUAACAGUGUGAGAAAGUUGGCUGUGGAUGAAGAUGAAUACAUUGAGGUAAAGCCCAAGUUAAGUUGAUGCUGGAAAUCCGAUUCAUCCCUCUUACCAUACAAGACAUGCUACUUAUUAAGGAGAAAUAUACACGUGCUCUAAGAGAAUCUUUUUAUAUACUCUUAUUAGUUCACCAGAAAUAACAUUGGGACAUAAGAAGUCUUUUAAAAGAGGCCAGCUUCCGAGACUUCUGUUCUUGUGUUUUAUCUGAAGAGAGAUGAUAAUAGUUUCGCAUUGACAUAGGAGGUUUGAUAUAACGUUUUGUAAGGAAAAUAAUAAAUAAUGAUACCAUGUUGUAA